AUGAUGGGGCUUGGGAAGCUUUUAUACGUGGUUGUUCUUCUUGUCAACGCCGUGGCUGUCUUAAGUGAAGACCGCUUCUUGAAUAGAAUUGGUUGGGGUAGCAGUGGCAAGCAAUUCCAAAAUGACGUUAGUGUGAAGGGCAGAAUGAUCAAUUUAAUAUCUGCUACCAGAACGUUGCUUCGAAUUCCAUUAAUCUUGGUGAAUGUCAUCAUCAUUCUUUACGAGCUCAUUUUGGGUUAA